GAGGACGGCUCCCCUGCGGAGCUGACAGACCGGCAGUCUGGAUGGGAAGAGGGCAGUUCAGCACUCACGCAUUAAAGGCCGUGUGCAUCCUGACCCACUGAGACAAAGACAAAGCGAAGCGCCUGCUUUGCCACAGCUGCAGGAGGAAACAUGGGACCGACAGGACGCUGCUGCCUGGCACUGCUCUCAAUAUUUCUGCUGGGCCUUCAUCACGCCUCAGCUUUCUGGCUCGUCGACGUCCUCUUCCCCCCCAGCGCCAAGCCCAGGGCAUCGGGCAACAGCAGCACUCCGCCGCUCAUCAUCGUGCCAGGGAACCUUGGAAACCGUCUGGAAGCAAAGAUAGACAAGCCAGCGCUGGUCCACUGGAUGUGCUACAAGAAAACUGAGCACUGGUUUCCCCUGUGGAUAGACCUCAACAUGCUCAUGCCCAUAGGUGUAGACUGCUGGAUUGACAACAUUAGGAUUGUUUACAACAGGACAACUCGGCGGACAUCCAACUCACCAGGGGUGGAGGUGCGGGUGCCAGGAUUUGGCCAGACGUAUCCCAUUGAGUUCCUAGACUACAACAGACUGACUGGUUAUUUUCACACUAUGGUGGAACAUCUAGUCAACGUGGGCUAUAUUCGCAAUGAGACGGUCCGAGGAGCGCCAUAUGACUGGAGAGUGGCUCCUAAUGAGAAUGGAGAGUAUUUAUCUCGGCUGCAGGACCUGGUGGAGGAGAUGUACGACCAGUACCAGCAGCCUGUCUACCUGCUGGGCCACAGCAUGGGCUGCCAUUAUGUCCUCUACUUCCUCAAUCACCAGCCUCAAGCCUGGAAGGACAAAUACAUUAAAGGCUUCAUCUCCCUGGGAGCUCCUUGGGGGGGAGCUGUUAAAACACUUAGGGUCAUUGCAUCAGGUGAAAACGACGGCAUCCCAAUGAUUUCCAACAUCAAGAUCCGCGAAGAGCAAAGGAUGACAACAACUAAUCCCUGGAUGCUGCCAUAUGACAAUGCCUGGCCCAAAGACCAUGUAUUCAUCUCCACACCAUCCUUCAAUUACACCAGCAAGGACUACCAGCGCUUCUUCAAGGACAUUGAUUUUGAGGAUGGCUGGUACAUGUGGGAGGACACCAAGAACCUGACUGCUGACCUGAAGCCCCCCGGCGUCGAGGUGUGGUGCAUGUACGGUGUGGGGCUCCCAACUCCAGUGACAUAUAUUUAUGACGAGGAAUUUCCCAAUGCGGAUCCAGUGGACAUUGUUUAUGCUGACGGCGACGACACAGUAGACAGCUUCAGCAUGAGUCUGUGUAAGCGCUGGGAGGGGCGGCAGGAUGAGCCAGUCCAUGUGACAGAGUUCAGAGGGAUGCCCCAUCUGGAGAUGGUGUUCCAUGAGAAGGUGCUCAGCCAAAUCCAGCACAUUCUGGAGGGCAACUCAGACACCCCCAAAGAAGUGGACUGUAGACCGGGACAGAUAUAGCAGAUAAAUGCAUUUCGACAUUUGGAGGAACAAAACACAAGAAGUGCUCGAUUUUUAUGUUACCAGCAACAUGUUUUUAUUAUUUAACACCUUAAACUUUGUCCAGGUUUUAUUAGCACCUCUGUACAAGCCAAUAAAGUGCAAUCUGUUGAAAGCCUGGCUACUCUGGACUAGCACAUGGUCUAACCCGGAGCCCUCGGCCCCUAACCUUGAUCCCUAAUCUAAAGCCUGGUGACUGUCAGUGUGGUCUUGACCCUGACUUUUUUCCCUCUGAUAGUGGCAUUUCAGUGAUGUGAUCUACGGUGGAUGCAGUGACGUCCAUUAUUGUUGUUGUUGUUGUUGUGAUCAUUGUUAUUAUUUUAAAGGUGUAUCUUCUCUUAUAUUUUACAUUUCACAAUUUGUGUGUCAAUAAAUGUCAAAAUCAGUGUUUUAUGG